CUUCCCUAGGAGGGGGGGGUGGCCCUGCGGGCAGUCCAGGCAGGUAUAAGGCUACCUCACCAGGCUAAGGGAACACAGAUGGAAAAGAGAGAGGCCGGCAUGUCCUCUUGGAGCCCACAGCGCAACCAGAGCCCAGGAGGCCUGAGUUCCCACCUUUCUAGAACACUGUUCCUGCUGCUGCUCUCUGUGGUCUCAGCUCAGGAUGUCACCCCAAACCCGGACACCUGCUUGGUGUUCCAUUCGAUCAACGGCAGCUCCGUGUCCUGCCACCCACCGGCCAAACUCCCUCACCGCCUCCCCGCUGACACGGUUUACCUGGUGGUAGAGUUCUUCAACCUCACCCAGCUGCGGGCCGACACCCUCCAGGGCGCCUCUAACCUCCAGGAGCUGCACCUCUCCACCAACCAGCUGGAGAGCCUCUCCCCCAAGUUCCUGCUGCCAGUGCCUCUGCUGAAGGUGCUUGACUUAACCCGCAAUGCCCUGACCCGGCUGCCCCCCGGCCUCUUCCGGGUCUCUGCCGCUCUCCACACCCUGGUGCUGAAAGAGAACCGGCUGGAAAUUCUGGAGCCCUCGUGGCUGCAGGGGCUCCAAGCUUUGGGGCAUCUGGACCUAUCCGGGAACCGCCUCCAGACGCUGCCCCCUGGGCUGUUGGCCAACUUCACCUCCCUGCACAUCCUUGACCUCAGUAAUAACCAGUUGAAGACUUUGCCCCCUGACCUUCUGCGGGGCCCCCUGCAGUUGGAGAGGCUGCACCUGGAGGGCAACAGAUUGCGGGUGCUCGGAGAGGGGCUCUUGACACCCCAGCCAGACCUGCGCUACCUUUUCCUGAAUGACAAUAGGCUGGCCACCGUGGCCGCAGGCGCCUUCCAAGGCCUGCGGCAGCUAGAUAUGCUCGAUCUCUCCAACAACUUGCUCACCGCCGUCCCCAAGGGGCUCUGGACAUCCCUGGGGCAGCCCACCCGAGACAUGAAGGACGGCUUUGACAUCUCUGGGAACCCCUGGAUCUGUGAUGAGAAACUGGACGACCUCUAUGGGUGGCUCAUGGCCAACAGAGACAAGAUGUUCUCCCAGAAUGCCACACGCUGCGCUGGGCCUGAAGCCUCGAAGGGUCAGAAGCUCCUGGAAGCAGCCAAGCCCCACUAAGGCCUGGGGCCGAGGUAAUGAGACAGGCCGGCAGCUCAGCGCACGCCACUCAGCAAAUAAUUCACCUGCAGCUUCCCAGAGCUGCCAGGACCUGCUCGGCCCAGGCUGCCCAAAAUGCACGUGGGGCUUUCCAGCCUCCUGUACCCUCUUCCAAGAAUGUCUUUCCCUGGGGCACCUGGUAACCUCAGUCAGUAGAGCACUCGACUCUUAAUCUCAGGGUCAUGAGUUCAACCCCCACGGUGGCCAUGGAGCCUGCUUAAAUGAAAAGAAAAAGAGAAAAGAGUGUUUUCCCCCGUUUUCCAGAUCUCCUGGUCUCCAGGCUCCCUCAGCCUGCUCGGCUCCCUCUGGCCCAGCCCUGGCUAUGCGAGGGUUGUCUCUAUCUGGUUCUGCCUCCUCACUUUGUGGGCGGUGGGGGAGGAGGGGGUGUCUCCGAAUGCAGGGCCUGGGUCUGUCUUCCCUCAAAGCCAGCAUCAUUCAGUUUGGGGUCAGACCUGAGGGCUUAGGAAAUAACCGUGGAAUGGAAUUGGAAUUCUAGCAGAAUUCACUGUGUUCCGAGCACCUCCCAGGUUGACUUCCUAGUCCUCCCCAAAAGGAAGGAGAAAGAGGGCACCUGGGUGGCUCAGGGGGUUAAGCCUCUGCCUUCGGCUCAGGUCAUGAUC